AUGAAUAUGACCGCGGAUUUUGUGCAAAUAGAAGAGCAUAGUAUGCGUAUGACUUUUGCCAUGCAAGGCUGGCUUAUUCUUUUCGUUCUUCCACUUUCUGCUCUUGCAAUCAGGUGUUAUUCAGACACCACAACAGGAGACAGCAAGCCCACAUCUGUUAUAGAAUGUGAUAGUGAAAUGUGCUACAAGAUUUCCAUGCAGACAUCAAACGCAAAAGCAGCUCAGUAUGGUUGCGGCGCAAUUUGCACAUCGAACUCCGAUAGCUGUACGAAAACAAACGAAGUCACACAAUGCUGUUGCAAGAACUCGUUGUGUAACUCGUCGAAGAUCCCAACAUUGCUAUUUACGCUUAGUUCGUUUAUUACGCUGAUUUUACUGAAAUAA